GUUGCUACCAAGAAAACCCUACUUAAUGUAUCCCAUUAUAUGAGAACCUACGUAUAACCGUCAUAUAUGUAAAGUGAAUUCGUGGAGCGCAAAGUGGGGAGCCAUCGUCUGGGCACCUGGAUGUGUAGGCGUCGUUUUGGGAAAUGACGAACUUGACAGAAUGUAUUUUGUAAACCAUGAGAAGUUAGCAAGUCUGUAGAUUAAGCCGAGCCACGAACGACAACCCUGGUAGGGCAGGGGAGCAUUCACCACGCGAUUCGCGGGCUUGAUUGAAGGCGGAAAUCGAUACAAACCUGCGCUGGAGGGAAGCUUUGGUUAUGUAUGCGAGUUCAAGUGAAAACAAAUGAAACUGAAUGCUACUAUACGGGAGAGCUGUUCGGUACGAUGAUAGAAUGGCAGUGGACGAAAUCCAGCGACCAGGAAGCAGAGAAGAGUAAGGUCCUUGCGAGUCUCAUCGGAUUUCAUCCUCACACUGGCACAGUGAAGAAAAAGCGAGGCCGCGAGCACAGGUUUAACGCGCCCUAUGCCAAACAUCAAAACAAUGUCUGAGAGUCCUAAAAUGGGCCUGUUUGGCUCCAAAGACAAAACAAAGGAAGGAAAAAAAGAAAAUAAAGACGAUUCACCCGACCGUUAUGCUCCAUACUGUAUUGAUAGCGAUUCUGAGACUUAUGAUACAGAAGCACUAAGCAUCAUGGACAUCAAUGAUAUUAUUGGUGUUCAGGCAGAACCAGUCAGUGAUUCUACAUUGGAAAGUGAAAUUGCUGCACUCUCACAGAUUAUCACGGAGUCUAAGACCGAUGGGAGCCAGAAUAUGCCAGAAUCUAAUGUUGAGGAGAAUGCUCAGAUUCGAAUAACUGAUACCAAACAGGAUCUAGAAACAAUGUCGGAUGAAUUAGAAACUCUUGUUGGUAUUGAAGGAGUAACAAGUGUUGGUGAUAUGAAGCAUGCAAGUGAAGACUAUUGUAACAGUAAUGAAAUCAUUUUAAUGCAGGAUAUGGAACUUAAGAGUCAACAGGGCAAUAACAAUACAAAAGACAAUAGUGAAGGUAGUGUACUAAUGGACUCUGCAGUUGUUGUUGAUAUUAAAAAUACUAAAAAUGUUGAUGUUUCAAUUAGAAUGGAUGCUAAAAUUAAUCAAUCUACUGGUGAAUGUGCUUCAAAGACUAUGACAGAUGAGGGAAAUGUAAAUUUAUCUAGUGCAAAUCAACAAGAAGAUAGUACUGUUGUCAUAAAUGUAUUAAAUAGUAAUAUAACAACUGUAGGAAAUGAGAACAGUAUUUGUGGGAGCUUACAACUUAUCGGUGAAGCGUAUAGUUCAGAGGACUCUCAGGAAAUGAGAAUAAAUGAUGUUGAAUCAAUAGUUACAGAAUCAUCAAAAGAAAUAGAUGACUGCUGUGAAUUACAAGAUACUAUAAAUGAUAUCACUGAAAUAUCUGAUACUUUAAGGUCAAGUGAGACAUCUACAAACAAAAAUAUUUCUCUUGAAACUAUAGAAAAUGAAGCGAACAAUAUGAAACUCGAUGCAUCUAAUUGUUCUAUACAACAUCACCAUGUAGAGGAAAUGUAUAAUACCUUACAGGAAAUAGAAAUUUCUAAUGAAUGCAAUGUCGAUAAUCAUGGAAAUGUUUCUUCAGAUUGUAAGACAGAACAAAUAAUGUCAGAUUCUGUAGAAAUAGAUAAAACAAAUGAACAGAUGUCACAUGAAAAAGAAACAAAUAAUACGCAAGUAAAAGAAGGUAUUGUAACAGUAGAGUAUCUUAAAAUGGAAGUAGAAGAAAAUAUACAACCUGAGAAUGAUCUAAGUGUUUCACAGGAGAAGAAAUCUGAAGCAGAUCUAAUGAAGGAACCCUCAGAAGAAAUAGUAGAACCUAAAAAAUGUGUAGAAUCUAUAAAUGUACAAGAAGACGAAAAUGAGAGUAAAAAAUGUAUAUUAGAAGAAAAAGGAAUGAAUCAAAACGAAGAUAAAGAUAUAAGUACUUUGAACAGUAAAAUUACUGAACAUGAAAAUAUUGUAGAGUUAAGUGUAGCAAAAGAUGACAAAAUAAAUAUAAAUAAUACAGAAAUUACUCAGAAAGAAGAUAAGGUAAAAAGAGAGUCUGGACAAUCCCAACAAGAAACUCCAAUGAAACUUAAUGUAAACAAACCUUCUGAUUCACAACAUACCAAGAAUAAUUUAGAAAUCGUAGAAGGUAAGGUUGACGCAAUACAGUUAUCAGAAGAAAGAGAAAAAAUUAAUAUUGCAAAAAUGGAUAUUGAAAAGUUGGAAACUACAGAAGAAAUGGAUAUUGAAAAGUUGGAAACUAUAGAAGAAAUGGAUACUGAAAAAUUGGGGACUACAGAAGAAAUGGAUACUGAAAAAUUGGGAAUUACAGAAGAAAUGGAUACUGAAAAAUUGGGAAUUACAGAAGAAAUGGAUAUUGAAAAAUUAGGAACUACAGCCAAAAUGGGUACUGAAACAUUGGAAACUACAAAUGAAAUCGGUAAUGAGAAAUUGGAAACUACAGAUGGAAUAGGUAUUGAGAAAUUGGAAAUGAUAGAGGAACAGGAUAUUGAAAAAUUGGAAAUUAUGCAAAGAACGGAUAUUGAUAAGGUGCAAACUAAAGAAGAAAUGUGUAUUAAAGAAUUAGGAAACAAAGAAGGAAUGAAUAUUGAAAAGUUGAAAAUUACAGAAGUAGUUGGUAGUGAAAUGUUGGAAACUAUAGAAGAUAUAAAUAGUGACAAAUUGGAAACUAUAGAAGUAAUAUGUCCUGAAAAGUUAGAAGUUACAGAAGGAAUAGGCAAUGAAAAGUUGGAAACUAUAGAAGGGAUAGGCAAUGAAAAGUUGGAAAUUUCAGAAGGUAUAGGCAAUAAAAAGUUGGACACUACAGAAGGAAUAAGCAAUGAAAAGUUGGACACUAUAGAAGAAAUGCAACAAGAUUCUGAAAAACAAGUUUCCAGUGAAGUAUCUUCCAUAUCACAGGAACAAAUUGUCAAAACAUCAGAAGAAAAUUCUAACACUGAGGAUGUAGCUGAUGAUACUUUAAAUGUUGAAAAUAGUAAUAAUCUUGAUCCUAUGUUACCUGAAACUACAAUAAAGGCACCUUCUGCUGUUGAAUUAGAAAAAGUAAUGGAAUUACCAGUUACAGAAGGAUCAUCAGAGGAUAAAGUGGAAACAUCUAUAUCAGAAAAUACUGAUACAACUUCCAUGAUUGAAAUACCAAUGGUAGUGGAAGUAAAUGAAGAAUCUGUAGCUCUUCCAUUAGAACCAAAGACAACUUCAGAUAUUGCAGUUCCCACAGAUACUAUUACUACUGAAAGCUGUUCUGAAAUCAAAGAUGACUCUGUGAAGGAAAAUAGUUGCAAAUUAGAAGAAAAUAAAAAAGUUAUUGAUGCCGAAUCACUAACAAUUAUAGCAUCUGUUUCUGAAGAACAAAGUCAGAAACUAACAGAGGUUCAAGACACUGUAGAAGACACAAUAGCUGAGAAAAUGAACACUGAGAAAACUACGAAUGUAGUUGAUGUUUUUCAGAAGCAUAUAGAAUCUAAGGAUAUGAAUGUUUCUGAAGAACCUGAAGAUACCACUCUUGAUUUCUCAGAAGAGUCUAAAGUCGAUGUACAACUAGUUAAGGGUGAAGAGGAGAAUUCUUCACCUAACACUGUUUUAGAAGAAAAGGAAAAAAUGGUAUGUGAAAUAACGGAAUUAAAAAUACCUGAAGAUACAUGUAAAGAACACAAGGAAAGCUUAGAACUGAUUGAACAUGUACAUGUGAAGACUCUAAUAGAAACUGAUGUAGAUGUUGAAAAGAAUGAAAUUACACCUUCUGUUAACAAUGAAGGUCAGGUUCUUGAUUCAAAUUCUAUUUCAGGGGAGUUAUUUUUGCCAUCUUCAAGAUGCACAGAAUUAAUUGUACCUGAAGAGAACACAAAAGAUACAGAUACGGAUGACGAAAUGAAUUUAACGUUAGAAUCCGAGGAAGCUGAAAUGCACUCAGAAAUGAAUCAAGAUAAUUUUGAACAGAAAGUAGAGGAAAACAAUAUAAAUAAAACAUUUGAAGUUAGAGAAGAAGUAGAUAAAGAAGACGAACAAAUUUCUGCUAUAGAAAUGGAUGAUACUAGUACAACAGAAUCACUAAAAAUAGAAAAGCAAGGCAGUCCAGAUACAAAUGCAGAGAAGGUCAUGGACUCAAGUCACACUGAAGAUUCAAUGCAAAAUAGAAAUGAGGAGUUAGAACAUAGAGAACAUAUAGACGGUAAUGAUCCAAAAAGUGAUGCUGAUAGAAACAAUAUGAAGGAAAUGUUAGAAACUGCCAGUAACAUGGAAGAAAUGCUCUCUGGAGAGCAGGGUCAAAACACACAAGAUAUUGUUACAAGUAUUUUACAUGAUGUCAGAAGUGCAACAGAUUUUAAAAAUAUCUUAACAACUGAAACAGAUUCAUCAAAUGAAAUAGAAACGGUUUUACAACAAUCCACAAGUUCGCCGCUGGUAGAGACAGAACUUGAAGAGUUGACUGAAAAACUGCCAGGGAAUUCAGAAGACGGCGUAAACAAGAACAUAGUGGACUCCAUCUCUACACAAAAUAUAGAUUCUCUGGAAGGUUUGUUGGGAUUAGAUUUAAUUGAAGAAGGGGAGGAUUCUACAUUGAAAACAAUAAAAUCAGAAGAAUCAUCUCAAGAACAAGAAACACUAUCAAAAGACAUGGAUAUGGAACUAUUGUUAGAACAGUCUAAUCAGGCUCCUGAUAUGGAACAAGCUUCGGAUUAUAUCACAGAUGUCAUUAGUAGUUUAUCAGACAGUAAUACCAUAUCAUUACAAGAAACUACAGAAAACACUGAUUUGACUGAAGUUUGUAAUGAUAAACCUGAAGAUAUAGAGGCAAGUAAUACAUUGAACAUAAAUGAAAGUACCAUUUCUCACUGUAUGAAUAGAGAUAAUAAUAUACAGAAUUUGCAGAAGGAAGUGGAAGCAGAUUCUGAUUUACCAGAGAACGAAUUGGAUAUGGAUUUUGAAGGGGCUCCAUUGGAAUCUGUAGAUGAUCUGGAGGAAGCUGAUACCAAAUUGGAAUUGAGUUCAGAUAUGUUGUUGCCAAACGAAGAUCAAUCUGAAAAUUUAAACAAUGCACAAGCCAUAGAAACAUCACAGCCCAGUUCUGAAAUAUCUGAACUUGAAUCAGCAGUUAAGUUUCUCCAAGAGUCUGAAGAACAAGUUAUUGAUUCCCCGUUGAUACUAUCUCCAAAAAUGGUAGAAAGUGUCGUAGACGACAUAUCGAAGCAGACAGACACGCCGACUCUUUUUGUCCCUGACGAAGAUAUGUGCGAAGACACAGAGUUGGUGGAAGAACUUCAGAAUAUUGCCACAGAUUCGAUUUCCAUCUCUGAGGCUGAAAUUAUAUCCGAGGCUGUUAAGUUGGAAAGUGAAAAGAAACUCGCAGAACAAAUUAAACUUGAUGCCUCGCAGGAGAAAUUUGAAACGAACGAGGAAAAAUUGAUAAUAAAGGGAGAAGAAAUUAAAUUGUCCGAAUCUGAAGUUGGAUUCGAUUCAGUUUCAUUGCAAAAUAUUGAAAUACAAUCAGCAUCAUCGUCUGAAAAAGAAAGGAUACCUGAAACAUUGCAUUCCUUGCCUUUGAAAACAUCUGAAAUCAUUCCCAAAGUAUCAAUCUUGGAAGAGCGCCUAAAGGAGCCACCGAAGAUCGAAAUUCCACCCACGGAUGUAACAAAAGUUGUUAUCUCUCCAACAACAUUUAAGGAUAGUCUUUUGAUUCAAAAGGACGCGAAAUUGAUCGCCUAUCAAAAGAUGUUGGAGUCACCAAAGUUGACCGAAAAAACGGAACCCAAAAUUAUGGAGACACCGCGAAAAGAUCCCGAAAAACAUGACUUCGAAAAUGUUGGAUCUCCGAGGAUCAUCUUAAAGAUUGCCAAAUCUGCGAUCACCGAUUGCGCAGAACCUAGAUCGCCCAAAAGCCCGAAGAUUAGGUCUGCAACCAACUCACCGAAUCCUGAAGAUAGUCCAGGCCAGAAAUUGGGGAAGAUAAAGUUGAAAUUAUCAAAAGGUGGACAUCCGUCUAUAAUAUCUAAUGAGAACGUUGAAGAGGCAGGGCAAUGGUACUCUGAAGGAUCUUUAUCAGUAUCCCCAAUUGGCAUGAAAAUCAAAUUAUCAAAAUGUGGUGAUGCCUCCAUUGUCUCAUCUGAAAAGCACGAGCCUGGUGAUGAGUCGAAGGAAGGGAAACAUAAGUUUGAGGAGAUCAAGAGGACUGAAUCGCCCAUUGGAAUGAAAAUUAAGUUAUUAAAAACUGGUGAUGCUUCUAUAGUGCAACAGGAUUCCAAAGACAUGCAGAUAAAGCAUAAAGAUAAACUGGAUAUAGUUCAAGGAAGUCCUAAAAGAACUGAGUCUCCAAUUGGAAUGAAGUUCAAACUUUCAAAAAGUGGAGAUGCUUCAAUAAUACCAACCGAGAGGCAAGAUAUUCCAGAAGAACACAGAGAAGUACAGUUAAGAGGAAAAGAGUCUUCCUAUGACUCUCCUAAAAGAACAGAUUCACCAAUUGGAAUGAAGAUCAAACUGUUAAAGACUGGAGAUGCCUCCAUCGUAUCUCCGGACAUGGCAGAAGACGGUAGAGAAGCUAAGAUAAAGGACAAGUUGGAAUCGUCACCUGAAAUUCCAAAGAGAACUGAUUCUCCCAUUGGAAUGAAAAUUAAACUAGCUAAGACGAAGGGCGGGGCUUCUAUAAUUCCAAUGGAAAACCCUGAGGAUACAAAUCAGAAGCUGGAAGUCCCAGAUGUCCCCAAACGAACAGAAUCGCCUCUUGGAAUGAAGAUCAAACUAUCCAAGACUGGAGACGCAUCCAUCGUUCACUCCGAAAUUGCUGAUGAGAGCAAAGAUAUGAAGCUAAAGGAAAAAACAGAGAACAAGGAUAAACAGGAUAUACUAUUAGAUAUGGUAAAGUUGUCGGACGCUUCUGGAAUGAGAAUAAAAGUAAUAAAGUCAGGAGAGACGUCAACAAUAGCGCAGGAACCUCUGGAAGAGCCUGAUAGUCAGGAAUCUUUACAGAAAGUUGAAUCUCCAAUUGGCAUGAAAAUCAAGCUCUCCAAAUUUGGAGAUCCAUCUAUAAUAUCCACAGAAAAACAAGAACAUACAGAGGAAACUAGACCUCUUCCAGAGACACCUAAAAGAACAGAGUCUCCUAUUGGAAUGAAAAUCAAACUGUCCCGAACCGGUGAUGCUUCUAUUAUACAGUCAGAGAUGACUGAGGAUGUAAAUAAAUCGUCACGUGCACCUGACACUGAACACUCCAGAGCCAUUGACACUGCUUUAGGAAUGAAAAUCAAAUUAUUGAAAACAGGUGACACUUCUAUAAUGGAUUCAGAGAAGAAAGAAAGACAGCAGAGGCGUCGUGACACUGACUCGCCUCUAGAGAUGAAAAUCAAGUUGUCCAAAACUGGACAUCCUACAAUUGUCGCUUGUGAUAAUUAUGGAGAGCCUGCUUAUAGACCAAAAGAAGUUGCAGACCAGCAUGGUUUCGCUCAGAGGUAUAAAGAACAGACACAAACGCACAAGGAGCCCCCUUUGAAAUUCCUUAAAACUGGACACCCAACAAUUUUACAAAGUAACCGCUCGGAAUUGACGAUUGAGCCAAUUCAAAUGCAAGGAAAGAAAAUGGACAGCGCGAUAGAAAUAUCCGCUAAACGCAAAGACAUUACUAUAGCACCAAUAGAGACCAAAAAGUCAAAAUUAGAAGCCCAGUUGACUCAAAUCUUACCUGAGGUUACCAUUCAGCCUGUCGUAUCUAGGGAUCAAAAGCAAUUCAUGUUUGACCCAAAGUCUAGUGCAAUUAGUCUCCAACAAAUGAACGUAAUAAGCCAAGAAAUUAGUAUUACUCAGGUCAGACCGUUGAAACAGGAUAGCUCAAUGAGUGAUAAACUUAAAGAUAUCUUGGGCAAAAAUUCCACCGGCUCUCCCAUGAAUUCUGACUGUGAAAUUAUUGAACAUCGGCCGGAAUUAAUAAUAGUAAAUGAAAAUUCGAAUUCUAGCCAGGAUGUUGUUAUCAUAGAGGAAGUUUCACCUAAUAGAAUUCCAGAAGUUAAGAUACCUAAAAAAAGGGGCAGACCCAGAAGAAAUCCAUUGGCUCAACCAAUAGUUCAUCCUCCACCACAUAUACUGAUAUCUAGAGAUCCAUUAUCCUUAGAUGAAACACAGCAGAUGCAACAACAAUCACAUACAGAAUCUAGAGAGAAUGAAAGACCGAAGAGGACGUGUAGGAGUCAGAAGAGUUAUGCACCUCCUAAAAGGGGUAGAGGACGAGGUCGAGGAAAAAGAAAAUUGGAUAAUGUAGAUGUACAAAUGGUGAAGAAGCCAAGAGUAGAGCAAGACUUGACAGCGAUAGAAGCUUCAACGACUGCUGUAAUAACAAUAGACGGUCCUGUGGUGCAAGACGAAUCCUGUAGUAAGGCAUCAGAAUUGUACAAAGCUCUCCAGCAACCAUCAGUGGAUGCUAAGGUCAGUUCUGUGACCAAUGUAGAGAAAAAAGCUGCAGGGCAAAAGUAUGAUGCACCCCAGACUGUAAAUCUACCAAAUAGUACGCUUCCAGACUCUACAAACAUGCAAGUGGAAACAAAUCAGGUAGCGGAAGUACAUUUGCAAUCUACGAACGCGGUGUCCAAUCCGGUGACGAAUGAGUCUAAAGAUAGUAUUAAUGAUAAGAAAUCGGCAGAGGAAAUCUCUGAAAAAAUACAGAAAACCGUCUUGAAGCAGACUUCUGACGAAAAGUCUGAUAAGACAAUGGAAAAUGUAAAGCCCGAGACUAAAGAUAUGUUAGUACCUCCAGAACAUCAGAAUUGGUUGACACCAACAUCAAAACGAGCAACAGAAGCGCCUGGAAAAAAUGAAAGUGUAUCUACGGUACAGGUGAUAGAUGAAGAAACAAGAAUGAGCGCGGAAUCAGGUUCAAGAUCACAAACUCCAGCUAGAAAUAUUUCUGCACCAGCUUCUGAAACAAUGGUAAAUGAAGAGUCUCAGGGAAGUGUACUUAGUACAGCAACUACAGAAUCAGAAAAGGUGAAAGUGAAGAAUCGAAGGAUGGAAAUUAACUUCGAUCCAGAUGAAGGACCAUUUACAGUUGAUAAGAUUGCUGAAUAUGAAUGGCCACUUGACCGUAAAGGAGAAACAUUCAUGAUACAAGAACAAAUAUCCCAAUAUCUUGGCGUAAAAUCUUUCAAAAGAAAAUACCCAGAUCUAAAGCGUAGAGUGGUGGACAUGGAAGAAAGAAAUUAUUUAAGAGAAAAUGGUUUGGUUAGCGAAGCAAUGUGUGACAUGGGUUUAACUGCCAUAUGCAGUUCAGAAGUACUGGAUGUAAUGUGUAGUGACUUUCCUGAUCAAUAUGAGGAAUAUAGGAAACAUAUGCGUGAGAAACAGGUAAAAGAACAUUCUAAGAAACAGAAAGAAUUAUCUGCAGCUGCAAAUGCAGAGAAGAACAGAAUUGAUUUGGCAGAAAUGGCAGUUCAGUCUGCACUAUCUUGGAACAUCACUUUAAAUAAAGAUCGUAGGGAAAAUAGAAAGUGUAGCUUAGAUUUGCAGACCUUUACAAUACACGUGCCAAAGAAACAGCAGAAAGUUGAAACGGAACGUAAAAUAGGUCAUUAUCCUGUUGCAUUAAUACCAGGACAAUACACAGAUUAUUAUCGUGAAUAUACGCCAGCUGAAUUACGGUAUUAUCCUUUGAAUACUGUUCUGUAUGGUCCAAUGAGACCAAACGAACGUAAAUUUGAUACACAGUCAGAGGGAUCGCAAAGUGACAGUGACAGUGAUUCGUCUUCAGACGAUUCUAGUUCAUCUUCUAGCGAAGGAACACAAGAUACCGAAGGUUCUCAGUCUACAAUGGACGAUGUGGACAUGGAGAUAGUGAAUCAAAAAGAUGAAAUAAAACUGAAAUGCAAAAUGUGUUUGAAGAUUCUAAAUAAGCACAGUAAGAACGAAGUAUUAAUUCAAUGCGGCACUUGUAACGGACACGUUCAUCCGUCGUGCAUAGAUUUAACGUUAGAUAUGGUUCCUCACAUUCAAUCAUACGCGUGGCAAUGCACCGACUGUAAAACUUGCGCUCAAUGCCAUGAUCCAGCGGAUGAAGAUAAAAUGCUCUUUUGCGACAUGUGUGAUAGAGGGUAUCAUAUCUAUUGUGUGGGACUUCGACGAGUACCACAAGGUAGAUGGCACUGCCAAGAAUGCGCCGUUUGUGCAAAUUGUGGUUUAAGAGAACCUGGAGGUGCGAAUUCUGACAGAAACAGUGUUGCUCAAUGGCAGCACGAAUAUAAAAAGGGUGAUAAAAACACUCGUGUCUAUGUUUCAACGCUGUGCGUUCCAUGUUCAAAGCUAUGGCGAAAGGGUCGCUAUUGCCCGCACUGCAGUCGCUGUCAUACUGCUCAAAGACUCGACCUGGAAGCGAACCUAGUGCAUUGCAGCGCAUGUGACAAAUAUCUGCACUUAGGAUGCGUGGAGACCAAGGGAGUUCCAUUAGACAGGAAAAAUUAUCUGUGUGACUUUUGUGCGCCAAAUCGUCAACAGGUGGUGAAACCAUUGGUGUCGAAAACAUUAAAAACGUAAAGUGCUACGAAAUGUACAAUUUUUUAAAACUCG